ACUAUUAAAGACCGGACGCUUCCAGUGGAGGGUUGCUGUGGCGGGGCUUGCCGGGAUCAUGGCGGAUAAUCACUGCGAGCAGCAGCCGCCUGCCCCAGGCGGUCUCGGGGCGGGGCUGGGGGGCGGCUUAUGCCGCCGCUGCAGCGCUGGACUCUGCGCCCUAGCCCAGCGCCCCGGCGGCGUGUCCAAGUGGGUCCGGCUCAACGUAGGCGGCACCUACUUCCUCACCACCCGGCAGACGCUGUGCCGGGACCCGAAGUCCUUCCUGUACCGCUUGUGCCAGGCCGACCCGGACCUGGACUCCGACAAGGAUGAAACAGGUGCCUAUUUAAUCGACAGAGAUCCCACCUACUUUGGACCUGUGUUGAACUACUUGAGACAUGGAAAGCUGGUUAUUAACAAAGAUCUUGCAGAGGAAGGAGUGUUGGAGGAAGCAGAGUUUUACAAUAUCACCUCACUAAUAAAACUUGUAAAGGACAAAAUUAGAGAACGAGACAGCAAAACGUCACAGGUACCUGUGAAGCAUGUGUACCGCGUGCUGCAGUGCCAGGAGGAAGAGCUCACACAGAUGGUGUCCACCAUGUCUGAUGGCUGGAAGUUUGAGCAGCUGGUCAGCAUUGGCUCAUCAUACAACUAUGGAAAUGAAGACCAGGCUGAGUUUCUUUGCGUGGUCUCCAAGGAGCUGCACAACACUCCAUACGGCACAGCCAGUGAGCCCAGUGAGAAGGCUAAGAUUUUACAAGAACGGGGUUCAAGGAUGUGAGGACGGUCUUGACAGCUGAAGAAAUGAUUUACUUUUUCCCAAGAUUCAGUGAACCGCCAUGUCCAGGAAGCUUGGCUGUGAGAAGAAACCUGCUUUUGAUCAUUUCUCUAGAGAUCUGGGUGUGGAUCCUUUUUUGCCUUGGAGGUGGGUGGUGAGAGACAGCCCAGCUGUCAGGCAAGCCAUGCCCAUGGGGUGGAGGUGGGGGGCUGGGUGGGCUGUCUCUGGGGGCCUGCUCUGUUCUUUCCAAGUGUCACGUGGGACUGAGGCAGGAUGUUCCUGACCAGCCGUGCAAUCCUGAAGGUUAUUUCUAGGGUGGGGCUCUUGGUGCUACAUACACAGUCUGUGAUAAGUGACCCGGGCCUCAGUGGGAAGAAGAGGCAACAGCUGUACCAACUGUCCAGCACACCAUGGCUUGGGGUCUAGGUACCUGCUGGCCCCUGCCUGAGCACCAGACUCUCAUCUUCAGGUCAGAGAGGCUACUCUGCCUCCAGUGUGAUCAAUUGGCAAUUUCUUUCGACCUUGGCUAAGGCUCCCGACAGAGGUAGCCUCUACGUUGCUACUACUUCCUGGGCACCUGCUCUGAGGCCAGGCCACCUUCCGGGCAAGGCUUUCCUCCCGACUUCGUCGGCUGGACAGUCAAUGCUUCUCAAUUUGUAUUUUCCAGGCAAGAGAAGUUUGUAACCCUUUUUUAAGCGUGGAUAGACUACCUAAUGUUUAUACUCUUCAGAAAUGCCUAAAAGUGUUGCUAGGUUUUGGCUUGGUCUGUUGUUAAACCAGUUAUUGGGAAAUGGAAGUUUUGCCUUGUCCGUCCCACUUGGGGGCUUAUAGGGGAGCUGGUGCCCACCAGUGCCUUUGUUGCACCCGGGAUGGAAGCUGGGGAGGUAGCCUGUGCACCUGGCUUCUGGAGCUGACACUCUGGGUCAUAGUGAAGCUCAGGAUGUUUACAGUGCAUCACACGUCUGUCUGUCUGUCUGUCUCUCUCUCUCUCUCUCUUUCUCUCUUUCUCUCUGUCUCUUUCUCUUUCUCUCUUUCUUUCUCUGGCUUUCGUUUCCUGUAUAACUAUGCAGAUCUUCUCUGAUGUUUCUGGUGUGUUUGAAACGCUACAUGACCUGCACGGUUCCACCUACCUGGUGUGACUUGGAGCCCACUGUCUGCCUGCUUUGAAACCUUUCUCAGCUGGUUGUGGGGACAUGUCUGCCUGGGGACGUGGCCCAAACAAGCAAGCUCUGCUGUAGACUUCUGGCUUCCCGAGGGAGCUGUGCAAACUGACCACGGGGACUGCCCAACUGCAGCCUAGAACCUCUGACAUGGGCUCAUUUCAAAUGGUCCUGGAAACCUCUUGCCUAGUCCCUCUUCUUUCUCCUUUGCCAAUAACCUGAUUAACCAAGAUUUCCAGUGUCUAGGACUUACCUCUUUUUUUCAUGAAGUCUCUUGUAUGUUGUUUAAAGAAUUCAUGAAAAUGUUUCUAAAGGUCAGAAGUAGCCACUGGCUGACCCUGUCCUCCCAGUGGAGCCCCAGCUAAAGGUGGCCCUACUGUUAGCUGUGGGGACAUACUCCAGGGAGCUGCCGGGCGCUUAGCGUUGUUUGAUUUAUGACCUUGACAUGGGCUGGGGAUUUGGCUCAGUGGUUCUGGCGCCUGCCUCGCAAGCGCAGGGUCCCGAGUUCGAUCCCUGGUACCAAAAAAAAAGAUAGAAUAUGACCUUGGCAUAUAAUAGGUAGGCUUGUUUUUUUUUUUAAUUUAAAAAUAUUGACUUAUUCACAAAAAUUUAUUCCAAGGGGAUAUUUAUACUUUUAUACUUUUUUAGGUAUCCGUAUUUUAUCAGCUUACUGUUUAAUGUCUAAGUUUCCCCUGAUAUUAGCAAAUAAAACUGUGUAUUUAUGAAUGAGCCCAGCAGCUGUUAGUGUCUUAAAAUGCAUGGAGAAGCCGCAGCUGGAACCACCGUCCAGCUGCUCAAGCCAGGGUACCCCCUGCAGGUCCUGGUUCUGGCUUCUAGUCAAGGAAGUCCCUGUUGCCAGUGUACCCUGAAGGGUUCAGCUCUCUGAUUGUCUGCUGCCGCCAGUGAGCCCUAUUUCUAGGCAUGUGACCAGCCCAGCCAGGGCCUUGGCAGCAUGCCCAGUGUGAGGUGUGGGGUAGGGGCUACUUGAAUGGGGACAAGGCCUAGGCUUUUGGGUGUCCUGAAUGCAGCCUAGAGCACAUAAGGGAGAGAUUUAGAUUUUUUCCUCAAGAGGUUUUCUGGUGGCAGCUAGGACCUGUAUGUGCCCUCUCUGGCCCCUUAGCCAGACACGGCUCUGGGUGCUCAGGCCUCCAUGUGGUAGUGUCUCUCGUCAGAGCCCAGAGCAUGUCCUAUCAGAGCUGAAGGCUACAAAGAAGACAGGCCAAAGGCCUUAGCAGAAAAGGACCCUACACCCCUUAGGGACAGCUGCCUGCUAUAGGAUGUCUGGAGAGGGCCGAGGAGCACUAGCUCUGGCCCCUUCAAAAAUCCAGCAGAGCCAGGUGUGGUGGCAUAUGCCUGUAAUCCCAGCACUCAGGAGGCUGAGGCAGGAGGAUUGCCGUGAGUUUGAGGCCAGCCUGGGCUACAUAGUUCAAGGCUGGCCUGAACUACAUAGACCCUGUCUCAAAAAAAAAGCCCAGUGGAGAGGCAAGGUUGGCUUUGUGUGGAUUUCCCAGUGCCUGGACUUCUGGUUCAUGUCUGGAGCCUUCUAGGACUCUUUGGGGGCAAGAACCACACCUUGGGUUGGCUGGUCCCCUGGAGCCUGCCAUGGUGAUAAAAGCCCCAGUGCUGCCACCUGGGGACAGGUGUAGAGUCUCUGGCAUUGAAGGCUCCCCUUUAGUUUCUUCCUUCCCCACCUCCUACCUGCCCACCUUUGGAGCACCUGCAUGUUGAAUGGUGAUGUCUGGCAGGGUCAUUUUGCCCUCAGAUCAUCUGCCCCCACACAUGCUCCUGGGCUUGGAGUUGACCCUCACCUGAGGUCUUGAGGCCACCAGGGGCCCAGCCCAGCCAUUUUUCUUCCUGUGGCUUCAUAGGCUGAUUGUGAUGCCUGUGCAGCUGGGGAAUAUGUACAUGGUGUGUGCUUGUGUAUGUGUGUUCAUGGAUGUGGGGCAGCACACAUGUGUUGCUGUUUUGGUAUCACCUGCCCCCACUGAGGCUGGUUGAGGUAGCUUUCCACAGUGGUCCUGCCUGAAGGAAGACUGCAGUCCUGUCCUCCACGUGGCUGUCCUGGUCUAUGUUAGCAGCUCCCUUCAGUGUUCUUCCUACAGCUGGCAGCCCUGAUGGAAGAUUGCUGGUAACUGCUUGGCAGAUGUGUGGAGAGUUAUAUCUGAGUUGUGCCCUGACCCUGGGGUGCGGAAGGGAGCCUGUGGUAACCUGGGCAUUUCUCUUCUACAUCCUUCUCAAAAUACUGAGCUUAGUAUAAGCUGUGAAUUGCAUGGAAUAAACCUGUUUUCCUUUUCUA